AUGAAUCAACACCAGCAGAAAGAUUACCAACAACAAAGAACAAGCAGUAAUACGGCAGCACUUGCUGCUCAUGUUGCAGAAAAAAAGCGUGAGCUUGCAGGUUUCCAGGAGCUCGUAUUUUUAAGUGACAACUUGGUGCAACAACUAUCUGAAUAUGCAGAAAAUGCAGACUCUUUAGCAAGCGGAACGGAAGCUGUAGCCGCUGUUUUAAAGAACUGGUCUAAUGUUAUUCGUGCAGUGACUCUGGCUAACUCCAAAAUCACUAAUUUGACUCAAGAAGACUACGAUGACGUAGCUAAACCUCCACUUCCUGAGAUUCUUGUUCGAAAACGUCUUGAUUGA